AGCCCUGGUCUUCAGUCUCAGAAUUAUACAGACAAAGAUCGUUCACUAUGAAUAGACUUAUAUUUGCCACUUUGCUGCUUUAUGCAGCAUCUCAGACUGGUGAAUGCAUCACAGGAGGAAAAGAGGCCAUUGCACACUCUCCUCCAUACAUGGCUUCACUUCAGUGGAAUGGAAAAUAUGAGUGCGGUGGUUUUCUAAUCUCCAGUCAGUGGGUCAUGAGUGCAAAAAAGGUUUCAAAAUGUGCCAUUGAGGUACCUUUAAGGAGGACAUCCGGUGUUAAAGUUGUGUUGGGUGCUCACUCACUGUCUAAUGCCGAGGACACUAAACAAACCUUUGAAGCCACUGCAGUCUACAACCAUCCUGAUUUCAGUAUAAGCAACUAUGACAAUGAUAUUGCCCUGCUCAAGCUGGAUAAGCCAAUCACUGAGAGCGAUGCAGUGAAUCCAGUGACAUUCCAGCGUGAAAGUUCGUCUGACCCCGAGGAGUCUGAUGUUGUGGAAACGGCUGGGUGGGGCUUCUUGAACAACCUGGGAGAACGACCAGACAAACUGCAAGAGCUCAGUAUCAAAGUCAAGCAACAAUGGCUCUGUGGUCGCGGUGACCACUAUGGAACAAAGUUCACGAGCAACAUGCUCUGUGCUGCAGAAAGACUAAAGGACACCUGUGAUGGUGACUCCGGAGGUCCUCUCUUAUUCAAGGGCAUUGCUGUGGGAAUAACCUCUAAUGGAGGAAAUAAAUGUGGCUCCAGCAAAAAGCCUGGACUCUACACGAUCAUCUCCCACUACACGGGGUGGAUUGACAGUACAAUGACCCAGUAAAAGAAAAAGAAAAAACAGUUAAUCCUAGAAAGCUUUUUCAAGCUGCAGAAUCCUUUG